AGCAUAAAAGCAUCCCCCCUCCGACGUGCGCUCACAUCAAAGCGUCGCCAUCGUCAGACUGGGAUCCUACAAGAAGAGGGUUUGAAAUCCACUUUUGAAUCUCAGCCUUGGUCGUUAUAAAUUAUUUUUGAAGUCAAUACGAUUUUAAAAUGGCUUUGAGAGGGCCACUGCGUCGUCUUCUACGGACGCAACUCAACAAUACCUGUCAGAGCAGAGCUCAUUCUGUGGCUGUUAUAGGAGCCCCAUUUUCAAAAGGACAGAAAAGGAGAGGGGUGGAACAUGGACCCAAAGCCAUAAGGGAUGCCGGUCUGAUCGAGAGGCUUUCAAAUCUGGAUUACCCAGUGCAUGAUUUUGGAGACCUGAGCUUCCAGCAUCUGGAGAAGGACGAGCCCUACAUGCACAUCCCCUUCCCUCGCACUGUGGGCAGAGCUAACAAACUGCUGUCAGGGGCCGUCAGCAACGCUGUGGGUGCCGGAAACACUACGAUCAUGCUUGGAGGAGACCACAGCCUGGCCAUUGGUUCAGUGGAAGGCCACGCCCGGCAGUGUCCUGACCUGUGUCUGAUCUGGGUCGACGCCCACGCUGACAUAAACACGCCCCUCACCUCGCCCUCAGGGAACCUCCACGGACAGUCGGUUGCCUUCAUGCUCAAAGAGCUGCAGAACAAGAUGCCAGAGCUGCCAGGGUUCAGCUGGAUGAAGCCCUUCCUGUCAGCUAAGGACCUGGUCUACAUUGGCCUGAGAGACGUCGACCCUGGAGAGUACGACAUCCUAAAGGACUUGGGUAUCCAGUACUUCACAAUGAGAGACAUCGACAGGCUCGGCAUUCAGAGAGUCAUGGAAGUCACUUUUGACCACCUCUUGUCAAGGAAGCAGCGGCCGAUCCAUCUGAGUUUUGACAUUGAUGCGAUGGACCCGUCUUUGGCCCCGGCCACAGGAACACCAGUAAACGGAGGUCUGACCUACAGAGAAGGAAUCUGGAUCACAGAGGAGAUCCACAACACAGGGUUGUUGUCGGUGAUGGACCUUGUUGAGGUCAACCCAGCCCUGGGGGCGAGUCGUGAGGCGGUGGCGAGCACCGCUUCCAUGGCGGUGGACGUCAUCGCGUCUUCCCUGGGCCAGACCCGCGAGGGAGGUCCCAUCACCCAGGAGUCGCAAACACUCAAAGACGACACGGAACAGCUUCGACUCUAGAACCACAUUCUAGAACCACUUCUAGAACUCAAAGGACUUAACUUGGCAUUCCUGAAUAAAAAAAAAAGACUUUACAUACAGAACAGAUGCACUGCAGCUGUAGUUGAAUUGUUUCAAAGCAUUUUGUUGCAUCUUCUGUGUGUAUAUAUAGUACUGUAUGGCAACCUGUUCAACAGUCAGUCAAACAAUCAUGACUAAACUAAGAAGCCCUGUUAAAGGGUUAUAUAGCUAAUUUACUAAGAUGGCGUGAAAAGCUUUAGCCUGGCCCCAGAUCUGUGUUUUCACGUCAACUGUUUGGCAUGACAAGACUGGCAAAAUAGUAGUACAAACAGACUGGUACCCGGGCUAUUAAAAGCCCUCAUCUCAAAUUUAAACUGUAAUUGAUGUGAUCAACAGCUGGUCGCCCUGGCCUUGACAGGACAGUCUCCCUAGCUCCACUAUUUAAAUGUUGACUGUAUUUGAUGUGAUCAGUGGUAUGCGUCACAGACACAGUGAUCAGUGGUAUGCGCCACAGACACAGUGAUCAGUGGUAUGCGCCACAGACACAGUGAUCAGUGGUAGGCGCCACAGACACAGUGAUCAGUGGUAGGCGCCACAGACACUGUGAUCAGUGGUAGGCGCCACAGACACUGUGAUCAGUGGUAGGCGCCACAGACACUGUGAUCAGUGGUAGGCGCCACAGACACUGUGAUCAGUGGUAGGCGCCACAGACACGGUGAUCAGUGGUAUGCGUCACAGACACAGUGGUAUGCGCCACAGACACGGUGAUCAGUGGUAUGCGUCACAGACACAGUGGUCAGUGGUAUGCGCCACAGACACGGUGAUCAGUGGUAUGCGCCACAGUGAUCAGUGGUAUGCGCCACAGACACGGUGAUCAGUGGUAUGCGCCACAGACACGGUGAUCAGUGGUAUGCGCCACAGACACGGUGAUCAGUGGUAUGCGCCACAGACACGGUGAUCAGUGGUAUGCGUCACAGACACAGUGGUAUGCGCCACAGACACGGUGAUCAGUGGUAUGCGUCACAGACACGGUGAUCAGUGGUAUGCGCCACAGACACGGUGAUCAGUGGUAUGCGCCACAGACACUGUGAUCAGUGGUAUGCGCCACAGACACUGUGAUCAGUGGUAUGCGCCACAGACACAGUGGUAUGCGCCACAGACACGGUGAUCAGUGGUAGGCGCCACAGACACUGUGAUCAGUGGUAUGCGCCACAGACACGAUGAUCAGUGGUAUUCGCCACAGACACAGUGAUCAGUGGUAUGCGCCACAGACUCAGUGAUCAGUGGUAUGCGCCACAGACUCGGUGAUCAGUGGUAUGCGCCACAGACACGGUGAUCAGUGGUAUGCGCCACAGACACGGUGAUCAGUGGUAUGCGCCACAGACACAGUGAUCAGUGGUAUGCGCCACAGACGAUCACUAAAACGCAAUAUUGCUCAUGACUGGAUACUGCAGCUCUGCAAUAUAACAGGGUUGUAAUGAAGCCGAGUUUACACGACAAGCAUGAAACUGUCUCAAACGGAGAUGCAGACUGUGCUUUUAAUUUUUUUUUAUAAAUUAUAAUACUAAUGUGGCCAUAGUGUGGUUUGGACACAAAUACCUCAGCUCAAGCUAGUGGGCUGUGCCAGUUGAGUUGUCGUAGUGAUGCGUUUGUUUGCACUUUUGGACCAGAUGUUGGGGGUUUGAUGUAUUUGUUUUUCUUCUCUAGAAUGAUUCUGUUUUUGUAGUUAAUAAUGACUAUUAUGAAUCCAGGCUGGUUCAUUUACUGUCUGGUGUUAUAUUAGUCAGUAUUAAAUGACCAGUUAAUUUUUAAUAAGUUAAAAUUUGUGUAUGUAAUGGCUGUAUGGUAAAUGCUGAGUGAAAUUAACUAUUUUAUUUACUAAAUAAUAACAAAUGCCUUUUUGACGUGACCACUGAAUGACUGUUUUAAAUAUAAUUAGUCUUCCACAAUGAAA